AUGGCAUCCAAACGACCCGAACAUCAAGGUCCACCGGACAUUUUUUACAACGAAGAAGAAGCCCGAAAAUAUUCGCAAAAUACACAUAUUAUCGAUGUACAAACGAAAUUAUCCGAACGUGCUAUUGAGUUACUCAAUUUACCCGACGAAGAAUCUUGUUUAGUACUCGAUAUUGGCUGUGGUUCUGGUUUAAGCGGAGAAGUACUAACUGAACUGGGUCAUCAAUGGUUUGGAUUAGAUAUAUCUACUGCAAUGUUAGAUGUAGCACAAGAACGAGAAGUUGAAGGUGAACUCGUCCUAGGCGACAUUGGUUAUGGUAUGCCAUUCCGUGCAGGAUCGUUCGAUGGUGCGAUAAGUAUCUCAGCAUUACAAUGGUUAUGUCAAGCUGAUAAAAGUUGUCACAAUCCCGUGAAAAGAUUAUAUAAAUUCUUUUCAACACUCUACAGUUGUUUAGCUCGUGGAGCACGUGCAGUACUUCAGUUCUAUCCAGAAACACCUACCCAUGUUGAUAUGAUCACACAACAGGCAAUGAAAGCUGGCUUUACCGGAGGUCUCGUUGUUGACUAUCCCAACAGUACUCGAGCGAAAAAGAUGUUUUUGUGUUUGUUUGCUGGUGGUCAAGUUCAACAACUACCGAAAGGGCUAACUGGGGAAGAAGGUAGUGAGGAUGUUCCGACACAAGCACGUUUCGAUAGAGAACGGCAACGAUACAAAGAUCUUCGCGGUAAAUCAUUGAAGAAGAGUCGAACGUGGAUUUUAGAGAAAAAAGAUCGUUGGAGAAACAAAGGAAGAUAUCUUCACGAACAUUCAAAUUUUCGGAAAUAUGGGAAAAUCCUUAUUAACAACAAGACUAUCGCACAGAUACCAGAAGAAACCAGAUUGACAUCGGAACCCAGCCCAAAUGACGAAGAAUUAGCAUUACUACUCAACGAACGUCACAAUCCAUCGAAUAGCAACGAAGCUAAUGAACCAGAUUCAAGUAUUGAAAAAUCCAUGAAUAACGAACAAAACGAAGCUUAUUAUCUCCGAAUAUUAUGCGCUUUGUACGGUAGCUGUAGUGCUGCUGCGUCUGCCGCCGAUGAUAUUGAGAAUCAUAAACCAAUCGUGGAAUACGAUGAAAAGAAGCACAAGCGUUUACUUUCUCGAUUAUUUCAUGGCUAUCCCAAAUUUGGCAAACGGGCAUUCACAUCGGCAUUUGAUGGAAUACCGAAAUUUGGUUAG